UUUGCUGAUCGAUUUUGCUCUUUUGCUCUUUCUGCGUGGUCUGGGACGCAUGCAUGCAAUAUUAAGAUCGGAAUCAACGGUUUCGGAAGGAUCGGGAGGCUCGUCACCAGGGUUGCCCUCCAGAGCGAUGAUGUCGAGCUCGUCGCCGUCAACGAUCCCUUCAUCACCACUGAGUACAUGACUACCCAUGGCGUGGAUGGUGACGACAUCAGGAGGACGCAAGUUCUGGUCGGAAACAUGGCCUUAUCCUGCUCGAGGAGGAGGGACGCACCUAGGCACCGGCCCUGUCAUGCUCCUCUGCUUCCAAGGCAACCAAGUUGCCCUGCCCGAGUUCGACGAGUCCAGCUCGGCCAUGACCAUGAACCGCUCCCAGAGGGGCUGGUUCUGCUGCUGGAUGUCGGCCUGUCGAUGCACCGGCUGGCUUUUCAUAGGAGCGACAAGGUUGGCGUUGUCCUGUUUGGAACUAAAGGACUGUUCCUGGAUUUGUGGCACGCCGAGCCUGCUGGCGGAUGCUUCUUCAGGGGCAAAGAAGAAAUGUUCAAGAAGAAGGUGCCCGAAGCUGAUGCCGCGGAGACCAUUGCUAAUGGCAUGCUUGUAAUAUAUUCUCAUGUUGGUCGUCAUCUGUGA